GUGGUAGGCUUGUGGGGGAAGGCUUGUUAGCGAGAUAAACAAGCAGCCAGCCAGCAGCACAGAGCAGUCGGAGGAACAUGGCGGCAGCACAGUCAGCUAGCAGUAUGUCUGUUUCCCCUCAACGGAAGGUCAGACCGGGUUUAACACACGGGAUUUAACACAACACAAGCGACGGAAAGUUACAAGUCACGCUGAUAUGCAGUGAGGAUGAGUGGCGUCGGUGAAAACCUCUCGGACCCUGCUGCCAGGGCCGAGUCACGGAAACGCAAAGAAUGUUCCUCUGACCUACUGGGUCCCAGCCUCAAACGAAGCAACGAGAAGAGAAACCGCGAGCAUGAGAACAAGUACAUUGAGGAGCUGGCCGAGCUGAUCUUCGCCAACUUCAACGACAUCGAUAACUUCAACGUCAAGCCUGACAAAUGUGCUAUUCUCAAGGAGACUGUCAAACAGAUACGACAGAUCAAGGAGCAAGAGAAAGCAGCAGCAGCCAAUGAGGAGGAGGUACAGAAGGCGGAUAUCUCAUCAACGGGCCAAUCCGUCAUCGACAAGGAGGCUCUCGGACCAAUGAUGCUGGAGGCCCUGGAUGGGUUCUUCUUCGUGGUGAACAUGGAGGGGAACAUUGUGUUUGUGUCUGAGAACGUGACCCAGUACCUGCUGUAUAACCAGGAGGAGCUGAUGAACACCAGCAUCUACAGCGUCCUGCACGUAGGAGACCACGCUGAGUUCAUCAAGAACCUGCUGCCCAAGAGCCUGGUGAACGGGGUGCCGUGGUCCAAUGAAGGUCCCAGGAGGAACAGUCACACGUUUAACUGUCGAAUGCUGGUCAACCCUCACAGUGACAACAGGGACGAGACCAACGACCAUGAGGGGCAGAAACAGAAAUAUGAAGCCAUGCAGUGUUUCGCUGUCUCCGAACCCAAGAGCAUCAAGGAGGAGGCAGAAGACUUCCAGUCAUGUCUGAUUUGUGUGGCUCGCAGGAUGCCCAUGAAGGCGGGGCCAAUUCUUCCGCACGAGAGCUUCACCACCCGCCAGGACCUGCAAGGUAAGAUCACGUCACUAGACACCAGUCUUCUGAGAGCCUCUAUGAAGCCUGGCUGGGAAGACCUGGUGAGGACAAGUAUCCAGAGGUUUCACCUACAGAACGACGGAGAGAUGUCCUUCGCCAAGAGACACCAACAAGAGGUGUUGCAUCACGGCCAGGCAUUCAGCCCCAUCUACAGGUUCUCUCUGUCAGACGGGACCAUCGUGUCGGCUCACACCAAGAGCAAGCUGGUCCGCUCCCCUGCCACCAACGAACCUCAGCUCUACAUGUCUCUACACCUGCUACAGAGGGAACAAUCCAGGUCUGAUCUGGGCCCGGGUCAAGACAUGGGGCCCGGUGGACAGGGGCCAGGGAUCAGCCCCAACCCUUCCAUAACCCCUCCAACCCAGGGGACCCUCUCUGGUUUGGGCCCCCAGGGACAGGACACUACAAUCAGCUCCAACAACACAUUCUGUUCCCCUCCUCAUGGAAGUCCAGGGUCCAGAGAACCAGGGCUCGGAGCCAUGGGGCCAGGGUCCAGAGAACCAGGGCUCGGACCCAUGGGGCCAGGGUCCAGAGAACCAGGGCUCGGAGCCAUGGGGCCAGGGUCCAGAGAACCAGGGCUCGAACCCAUGGGGCCAGGGUCGGAACACAUACAGGACUACCACUACGGCUGCCCCCCCCAGCCCAUGGGCCACUCCGGAGGGUUACAGGGAGGCAUGAACCUCCCCAUCCACCCUAACCAGCAAGGGGCUAAUUGGAGGAUGAGCAGCCCGUCUCGAAGCAGCCCUAGCCCAGCCGGAGGGCCCCAUCUGGGGCAACAGAUUUCUAUGUUGUCCCCUAGGCACAGGGCGAGUCCAGGGAUGGCAGGGAGCCCUCGCGUGGCCCCAAGCCUGCACUCGCCCUCCCCUGUGGGGAUGUGUGGGUCUGGAACAGGGGUUGCAGUAGGAGGUAGCGGUCCUGCGGCUAACAGUCAUGCUAACAGCCAUGCUAACAGUCAUGCUAACAGCCAUGCUAACAGCCAUGAUAACAGCCAUGCUAACAUCCAUGCUAACAGUCAUGCUAACAGUCAUGCUAACAGCCAUGCUAACAGCCACAGCUACGGCAGUAGUUCUCUGUCGGCACUGCAGGCUCUGAGUGAGUGUCACGGGGUCAGACAAGGCAGUGGUGGGCACACACACCCUCACGGCGCAGGGGGCCAGCAUCCUCAAACACAUGCCCUGGGAUCACCUGACAGGAAGACGAUGGGAUCGCCCGCUGGAGUGGCGUUGGGAUCAGGAGUCAACCCUCACACGAUGUCGAAGCUUGGCGGCGGUAAGGGAAAUGGGGACUCUUUGGGCGGAGAGCAGGAACAUGGUCAGGGUGGACAGUAUGACCAGAGACAUACGGACGGGAACGGUACCCACGGUAACCACGCUGACAUCACAGAGGAGAGGGAUGGUCUCGACGGUGGCCCCGACGCACAGAACCGUAGACAACGCUGUGACAACAAGGGCCACACCAAACUCCUCCAGCUUCUCACCACCAAGUCCCAACCCCUCGACACCCCUUUGUCCCCCAAUGGAGGAGGGGACCCCAAGGACCCCUCGUCAGCUGGGGGCCCUUACGCUCCAGGGGCCCCAGGGGGCCACGCCACCUCCCUAAAAGAUAAACACAAGAUACUUCACAGGCUGCUCCAGAACAGCACCUCUCCUGUGGACCUGGCCAAGCUCACUGCUGAGGCCACGGGCAGGGAGCUGGGGGAGCAAGGUGGGUGUGGUAACAGACAGACGGGACACGGUACGGAUGGGAACCUCACACCCAAACAGGAGCCCCUGAGUCCCAAUAAGAAGGACAACGCCCUGCUGAGGUAUCUGAUGGACAAAGAGGAGAGUGGGAUGAAGGCGAGGCAGGCGAAGACGGAGGGAGCAGGAGGGCAGGUGAAGACGGAGAAACAGGAUUCAGGAUACGACCGCGCUGAACAGUCUUCAGAGUUGGAUGAAAUCCUCGAUGAGCUGCAGUGUGUCCAGCCCUCCUCCCUCCCCUCCUCCCUGGACAAACAGACCAUCAUCAACGACAUACUGCACAUCACCCAGGAAACCAGCCCUGGCAACCCCAACGCCAUGGCAACACAGCAGCAGCAGAGGGGCAUGCAGCGAGGCAUGGGGCCAGGCAACUACGGAUGUCCGGGGGGCCAGGGUCCAGGUAGGGGUUUGCCUUUGAGGAGUGUAUCCCUGGAUAUGAACAUGUCAGGGGGCCGGCCCCCCCAGGGCCAGUAUCCCCCCAUGAGGACCCCCAGCCCCUACACACUACAGCAGCAGCAAGGCAUCUUGGGAAACCACGCCGCCAUGAUGUCCAACCAGUCCAACCUCGCAGGUCUAGUGAGUGGUCCUCGGCAGGGCAUGCAGCACCAGCAGGAGGAAGGGGGUUGGGGUCCUGGGGGCCCGGGUCAGAGCGGUUCAGCCUCGGUCCCUCCUCCUGGGGCCCCAGGUCAGCAGGGGACGAUGCACAGCCGUAUGGGGCCCAACCCUGGAGGCCCCGGGGGCCUCAUGAGACCCAGCAGUCUACCAGGACCUGCACCCAGGCAGAUGCUGCAGUCACAGAUGAUGGUCAACGAGAUGGGCAUGCGGGCCCACCAGUUCUCCCAGCAACAGGCUCCACCCAAUCAGACGGCUCCAUGGCCAGACAGCAUGAUACCUAUUGAGGCCUUCAACCAGAACAGGUCUGUGUAUGCCCCCCAGCAGGAGGAGGUGUUGUGUGGGGGUCCGGGGCCCGGGGGCCAGGGAACUGGGGGUCCUGGUGAGGGGGGUUCUAGUGAUGAGGGGGCUCUCAUGUCACAGCUCUACACAGUGCUGAAGGACUUUGAUGGCCUGGAGGAGAUAGACAGAGCCCUGGGGAUACCUACUCUGAUGGGACAGGGUCAGUCUGUAGAUCAGGACCAGUUCUCUUCAGAUCCGUCCAUGUUGUUGGACCAGAAGCCUUCAGGUUACGGCCAGCAGGACCCCCCACCCGGCUCCCAUCUAGCCCAGAGAGGAUACCACGACCCUGGGUCCGGCAGACCCAUGCAGGACCCCCCACCAGGCUCCCAUCUAGCCCAGAGAGGAUACCACGACCCUGGGUCCGGCAGACCCAUGCAGGACCCCACAGGGCAAGGCUUCCACCCCAUGGCUGGCCAGAUGAGCCCCAGACCAGGAUACCCCAUCAUGAGGAUGCAGCAACGACCGGGGCUGAGGCCCCAAGGGGUGGUUCCUAACCAGCCUAAUACACUGAGGUUACAGCUGCAGCACCGGUUACAGAACCGCCAGCCAAUGAUGAUCCAGAUGAGUGGAGUGUCCAAUAUGAACCCAACUUUACAGUCCAACAACCCCAACCAGGGGACCAUCAAUGCUCAGAUGUUAGCCCAGCGCCAGCGGGAGCUGCUCAGUAACCACCUCAGACAGCGCCAGCUAGAGCACCAGAGACAACAACAACAACAACAACAACAACAACAACAGAGGAACAUGGUGAUGAGAGCCCAGGGACUCAACCUACCUCCCAAUAUGGCCGCCGCCAACAUGGCUGCUGCAAGUGGCCAAUCAGGAGGGCUGAGUAACCCCCGGAUCCCCCAGACCACCAACCCUCAGCAGUUCCCUUUCCCACCCAGCUACGGUAUGUCCCAGCAGCCUGACGGAGGGUUUGGAGGACCCACCACGCCCCAGAGUCCCCUGCUGUCCCCCAGGAUGGCCCACGCCCAGUCUCCCAUAAUGCAACAGCAGGGCCAGGGCAAUGCCGCCUUCCAGGGCUUGCCUGACAUAAACGGUUGGCCCCCGCAGGGGGAGAUGGGAGGGAACAGUAUGUUCAGUACUCAGCAGUCUCCGCCCCAGUUCACCCAGCAGCAGACCAACGGGGGCGCGGCCAUGUACAACGGCAACGGAAUGAACCACAACGUCUCCAUGGCAACCAACGCCAGCAUGGGUCAGAUGGCUGGACAGAUGGACAUCACCUCACCUGAGAUCACCUCCAUGGGACAAGAACCGAAAUACUGCUAACCCUGGUGGAGCGUUCAGCCAACCAGCACCUUGAUGCUAAUACCCAGGAUCCAAUGAGCUCGCUGGUUCAUCUUCAACCAAUCAACCAACGGCUCUUUGAAUGGACCUGGCAGUGUCCUGACCCAGCUCUACCCAGCCCAACCCGAUCUCCAACCUCACCCACCUGGCAUAAACUGUACCUCUUAUCUGCCCCUACUGGGAGGCCCAGGGGUGAAGGGGGGGGGGGUGAUAGAGAAAAGAUGGGACUUCUAUUGGACUUCAGAGCCAGGGCCCUGGUCGAAAGCACCGCACCACACAGAGUUUAGGGAGGCAAGCCUAAAACGCCUCUCUAAAGGAGAACCCGUGAGCCUGUCUGUCAGUCUGUCUGUCUGUAUUGCUGUCUGUCUGUCUGUCUGUCCAGCCUGCAUUCCUCUUAGUGUGACUAACGCUAGGUUCAUGACUAAGUGCAAAAGGCAGACAUACCAGUUGGACGUGCUUUGAACUCGUUGAGAAAUGCUGAUUGGCCAACAAGCUACGUCAAACCAUCAACUUAAAAGUACAGCUUUGUAAAACAAAUUAUAAUGUUCAAAAACCUUUUUAAUAGAUUUCUUUUUAUAAAUAAUGUUUUGUUGCAUUUAAACUGCCAUGAAAAAUGCUUGUUAUCGAGGUCGUUUCCUUAGUAGGUGACGUCAGAGGUCGGCAUGUGGGAGAAGUAGGAGCUCAGGGAUGAUGGAUGAGUUUACCACUAGUUAGUUUACCGCCAGUUUGAGGGGCGUUCAAGAGGAUUUGUCCCUGUCGUAUGUGGUGAAUACCACUUUCCCACUUGGUUAUUGACGCAGAGUUACUGUAGACCCCUUCCCAUCUACUGUAUGACUAUAGGCCCCUCCCCCUUCAAAAAGGUCCCUCCCCCUCUCGGUGAUUGACAGUAGGCCCCUCGCUCUUUGCCUGGAGGCUCCAUAGAGGCUCCUCCCCCUCUGGUUUGACUGACUGACUACUGGUGGCAGCGGUGGGAUCCUCCUCAGAUGAAUGUAUUCCUUAGUGGUCAGCUGCCAUUUUUACAAUCUCAUCUCAAGAAAAUGUCAACUUUUUUUUUUUUUUUUCACCUCGCUUUGAUCCCCCCCUCUUCUUCUUCGGGUUCAUCUCACGUUCCAACCCAUUCUACCUUCUAACGUUUUCUGCGUUCCACAAUGGCAGCAAACUGUGACUCCGAUGUUACGUUUUGGAUCCUGGAGGACAGCGGAGGGAGGGAGUGGAACAGCUAACUACUUUCAUUUGUUUUUGCCUUCUUUUUAAAAAAAAUAAAGUUUUGUUUUUGUUUUCGUAAAGAUGAUGAGUGAGGCUGACGAGAAAUGGUUUGAAAACCGAUCUUGGAAAGCACAGUAGAUGAUUGGUUUGAUUUAAAGUAAUGCUUUGUAUUAUAAUUAGACACAUUUAGUCAAAAGGUUUAUAGUGUAUUAAAUUAAGUUGUAUUUUUCUGUAUAGAUGUUGUUGUUGUUUUUUUUAUGUUAGAUUUAUUAUCGUAGCAAAACAAGAUGAUUAUUUGUAAAUCGGUGAAAGUGAGUAAAAAUAACCUUUUUUGUCAUACUCUUAUCAAUUUGAAAUAAUAUGGAUUUAACUUUGGUCCGGUAGUUUCAUCAGAAGUUAUUGAAAUUAUAUUAUAAGGUUCAAGGAAACCAAAUACAGACAGAUUGUACAUACAAGUUAAUAACAGAGUUCCAUUUCCUAUUCAUCGUCUCCCUGUCUGGUCUGGACUACCAUCUGCUAUAAGGGAAGAGUGGUGCGUUUUGUGUUGUUUGUUUGAGAAGAGGAGAGUCACACUGGUAUGGUACAGGAGUGGGUGGGGUUCACUUUGUC